GAGAGGGGGAAAACUCAGAGGGAAGUAAUCUGGCCUCAACAAACUCUUUUUUGCUCCCAAAGUCCUUUUUCUGUGACCCAGCCAAGACUGUUUCUCUAAGAAGAGAUCGCCUGCCUGGGAGAGACCCCCCCUUCCUGCCCUCCAAGGCCAAGUGCUACACGGCCACAACUGCUCUGAAUCCCCUCCAUGAAUCCUCAGAAGAAAGUGGACCUGAAACUCAUCAUUGUUGGAGCCCUUGGUGUGGGAAAGACGUCUCUCCUUCAUCAAUAUGUGCAUAAGACGUUUUAUGAGGAAUACCAGACUACUCUGGGGGCCAGCAUCCUCUCCAAGAUUAUCAUACUGGGUGACACGACAUUGAAACUGCAGAUCUGGGACACAGGUGGUCAGGAGCGGUUCCGCUCCAUGGUGUCUACGUUCUACAAAGGCUCUGAUGGCUGUGUCCUGGCUUUCGAUGUCACUGACCUGGAGUCAUUUGAAGCCCUGGAUAUCUGGCGGGAUGAUGUUCUGGCCAAGAUUGUCCCCACGGAGCAAUCUUACCCCAUGGUGUUGCUGGGGAACAAAAUUGAUCUGGCAGAGCGGAAGGUGCCCCAAGAGGUAGCCCAAGGCUGGUGUAAAGAGAAGGAUAUUCCGUACUUUGAAGUCAGUGCCAAGAAUGACAUCAAUGUGGUGCAAGCCUUUGAGAUUCUGGCCAGUAGGGCUCUGUCCAGGUAUCAAAGCAUCUUAGAGAAUCACCUCAUAGACUCCAUCAAGCUCUCACCAGGCCAGUCAAGGAACAGCUGCUGCUGAUCUCCAGAUUCCUGCUCUGGAUGCCCAGAGAGUGUGUCCACCCUGGGCCUGGUCGUCCUCGCUGGAGAGCAGACAGCAAACCCCUCCAGCCCUGCAGCCAGCCCGGGCUCGGCCAGAGCCCUGAAAUCUGUCACUGGGCCUCAGGUUGAGUGUAAUGAGGGCAGAGCUGGGCCCUUGGGUCUGCAUGAAGCCCUCAGUGUCACAGCCAAAUCCUGACCUGGAGAAGUCACAAUUUCCCCGGUGGCUCCGCCUUGUCUGCCACCCAUCUUCCCCAAAGACACUCCCACUCCAGAAUGCACAUCUCUGCAGACAGGCCACUGUCUCUAGAGUCUGGUUAUAUUUCCCUGUGGACAGACAUUCUCACUCUCUCCCACCUCAGGCCCCCAUGGCCACCAUAGUGCAGCUCAACCUCCCUGAGCAAUCAGACCAAGGAACGAGGCUUUGAACACCUCAUGCAGGGCCUGCCUCGAUUCCUGGCAGAAGCACAUCAGGCCUGAGCACCCAGUAAAGAAGAAGGAGAAUGAGCUCGGGCUUACAUGGGUGCUCAGACACUCAUAGAAAUCUCUGAGUCUCAGUUUGUUCAUCUGUCAGAUGGGGGUGAUAUGUGGCUUUGAGGACCAGAAGCUGUGUUUAAUCUCAGUUGCUGGUGUUAAUAUACAUUUAUUCAACAAGUAUCUUUGAGUAUCUACGAUGGACAAUGAAUGCACUGAGGUCCAGUGACAAACAAAACACACCAGGACCCUGCCCUCCUGGAGCCUAUCUCUGGUGAGGGAGAAAGACAGUAGACACAGAAUUUAAUCAGAUAUUUUCAAAAAGCAUGUAAGUGCUAUGAGAAAAGUGAAAUCGGGUAAUGGGAUAGAAACAAGGGCUGGGAUGAGAUGCUACUGCCAACAAAGUAAUCCAGGAGGGCUUCCCUAAAGAGGUGAUGUUUGCUUGAGGGCUAGAAAGUAAGGAGGCAGCUGUCACCUGAGACCUUGAGGACAAACACUCCAGGGAGAGCGAGAAAAAAGGUACAAGGCUCCAAGUCAAGAGGCCAUGGUCUAGGGACAGUGAAAGGGCAUUCAUUGACCUGAAGACUCAAACCUGCUGUCCCAAAGACAAGGCAAAGUGGACCCAAGACCCCUCUAUGCCUCCUUGAUGUUCUGUGGUCUGGCCAGCAGAAGGCAGCAGUGCUCCUUCUCGUCCAGGUCAAGAGGCAAGUGGAGGCUCCGCCAACACUUGGUAUUUUUGGUCCUGCAGGUGCUCAAAGCUUGUUCACUGGCUCAGGGCAUGUUCAGCCCUUCGAGAUCUGUGGGGCAGAGAAUUCUAAUUUCUUAAGCUUAGCGAGAAGCGUAAAUACUGCAACAUACGUGAUUCAGGCAAGAAAUCAGCAUCUGUGGCAAAUCCUAGGGCGAUGUGCCUGGAAAGCUCAUGGAUUCUCUGUCCCUGAAGACUCCAAGGCCAUAAUCAGCUUUUCACUUCUGGUUCCAGACAACACAAACAGGGCCCAGCAUGGAGCAGGGGGACAAAAUGUCCUUGCAGGGUUUUCAGUGGCCGAGUCCAUGCCCUGCACAGGUCUCCUGUCCACACAGAGGUAUCCUUCCCUGAGUUCCAAGCAGGGGUGGGAGAUUAGCUUAUGGCUGCCAAGUGUCAUCUGACUCUGAAGACAUGCCUAGAGCUAGGGGAGUGGGGCGUGUCAGCAAGGGGGUUUGGAGGUCCCAUCUUCCCCUCCGUUUCUGGAGCAUGAACUGGCUUGUCCUGGACAGGAGCAUUAAGCUGGUGUGGGAGCAGGAUAGGCCUGGUGCUCUCCUCUGUCUGUGCCUUUCAGAGCUCCCAAAGACCAGCAACGUGCUCUCAUGACAGGGAGAGGGUGCCGUCCUGGGGGGACUGGACUGGAUGUGUCCUGUGUGGGUAUGCAGCAGCCCCUGAACCACAGUGGACACAUGGACCCUACAACAAAUAAUAAA